AUGUAUGGGAAUCGUGUUGAAUUGACCAGGGUUACCCUGUUUUAUUUAUCCUUCCUCAUAGUUCUACUAUUACCUCUCUCCCUUGCCAAUGGAGCUUUAUUAGCUACUGCCCUUGUCAAUCGUGCGUUACCUAAUGCACCCAACGGAUACACCCCUGAAGGCGAGACCUGCCCUUCGAAUCGGCCAUCUAUCCGCAAUGCCACUGCCCUAUCGAACGCCGAGACCUCCUGGCUGAAAGCACGAAGAAACAAUACCAGAGACGCCCUGAAAGCGUUUCUCAGCCGAGUCGACCUCGGUUCUUUCAAUGGGUCGGCCUAUAUUGCUAAUCAUUCGGCUAAUGCAUCUGCCUUGCCCAAUAUUGGAAUUGCAGUGUCUGGCGGUGGCUAUCGAGCCUUGAUGAAUGGUGGAGGUGCACUGCAGGCGUUUGAUAAUCGGACCACGAACUCAACUCACAGCGGCCAACUGGGAGGUAUCCUACAGUCGGCUACUUACCUUUCGGGGCUCAGUGGUGGAAGUUGGGGACGUUCUCUCUCUUACCAACUCAUCAAUGCGCCUGAAGGUGGUGUCAGUUAUACCUGGUCGUCGAUUGCUCUAAGCAAGGAUUUCCAAGCUGGGACGAUGCCUAUGCCCUUGGUCAUCGCUGAUGGUCGAGCUCCGGGCGAGACCGUAGUACCCACGAACACUACGGUCUUCGAGUUUAACCCUUGGGAAUUUGGAAGCUGGGACGAAUCUCUAUCCGCCUUCGUUUCCCUAGAAUUCCUGGGAUCGAACUUUUCGAAAGGAACACUAGCGACAGGUGAAAAGUGUGUUCGAGGAUUCGAUAACGCAGGGUUCAUCAUGGGCACGUCGUCAUCCCUGUUCAAUCAAGCAUUCCUGCAUAUGAACGAUACCGACGCGCCACCAGCCGUGAAGGACUCCAUCAGUGCGAUUCUGGGGGGUAUCGGGUCCGAGAACAAUGAUAUCGCCGUCUACAAGCCUAACCCUUUCUAUCGCUAUGCGAGCCAGUCCAAAUAUACAACAUCGCCCUCAUUGACCUUGGUGGAUGGAGGAGAAGAUCUCCAGAACAUCCCGCUCGAUCCCCUUCUUCAGCCCCAACGUCACGUUGACGUGAUUUUGGCUCUCGACUCGUCAGCGGACACGACUACAAGGUGGCCCAAUGGGACAUCCAUGGUCGCCACAUAUGAGCGAAACGUAGACUCAUCAGAAACGAACAGUGGUCUGCCUUUUCCCUCUGUGCCUGAUCAAAACACAUUCGUCAACCUUGGUUUGAACAACCGCCCGACAUUCUUUGGCUGCAAUAGUUCAAACAUGACUGGCUCUCCGCUUGUCGUUUAUAUUCCGAACGCCCCGUAUAUAUACCCGUCCAACGUGUCCACGUUCGAUCUGCAAUACAAUACUAGUGAACGCAACGCCAUCAUUGAGAAUGGCUACGAUGUGGCAACACUGGGGAAUGGGACAGUGGACUCCAACUGGCCGUCUUGUCUUGCUUGCGCUAUAUUGAGUCGGAGUUUUGAACGCACAAAUACGACAGUCCCGGAGAUCUGCUCGACUUGUUUCAAGAAGUACUGUUGGAAUGGUACCGUAAAUGCAACUACUCCUGGGGAUUAUUAUCCGACGUUGAAACUGCAGUAG